AUGUAUAUUGCUUCCACAGCUGUAUUUUUAGCAGAAGUGUUAAAGAUUGUCGCCUGUUUAGCAGUGAUGCGUUAUCAACAAGGUACCUGGGAUAGAUUUAGUCAUAUGGUCAAGCGAGACAUUCUCGGUAAACCAGCAGAAGCACUCAAGAUGUUGAUUCCCUCUGGUUUAUAUGCACUUCAAAACAAUUUGUUGUAUGUUGCCCUUAGUAAUUUGGAAGCAGCUUCUUUUCAGGUCACCUAUCAGAUGAAGAUCAUGUCUACAGCUGUCUUUAGUGUAGUCUUGUUGGGCAAAAGUCUUAGUCGGGACAAAUGGUUGGCUUUGUUACUGCUAAUGAUUGGUGUGACAUUGGUCCAAUCUCAAAGCAUGUCAAAUACCAAAACAGACGAUAUCAUUUUGGCACCUCAGAAUCCUCUGAUUGGAUUCUUGGCAGUUAUCACCAGCUGUGUGUCUUCAGGAUUUGCAGGCUGUUAUUUUGAAAAGAUCCUCAAAACAUCAGAAACAUCCAUGUGGGUACGUAAUAUUCAGUUGGGUAUUUCAGGCUCAUUUUUCUCGCUAUUGGGCAUGUUGGUUUAUGAUAUUCAUCCUAUCAUGGAAGGAGGAUUACUGCAAGGAUAUGAUUGGUUGACUUGGGUUGUUGUUGCCAACCAAGCACUGGGUGGACUAUUAGUGGCCAUUGUAGUCAAAUAUGCAGACAAUAUUCUCAAGGGAUUUGCAACGAGUCUUUCUAUCAUUGUAUCUGGUGUGAUUAGCAUCUAUUUGUUUCAUUUCCAACCUUCUGGUGUGUUUAUUGUGGGUGCUUUUAUUGUCAUGCUUUCUUCUUAUCUGUAUGGCAUUGAUCUGUCAAAAAGAUUUGGGGCGCGUAUCAAGCCACUUUAG